UCAGCAUCAACCACCUUUGGGAUUCGGCAUUCACUUUCCCUUAUUCAUCCUCUCUUCAUCGCCGUCUGAAUCCAUUCCCUCACCAUCCUUCCACUCUUUUACUUUUUUUUAUAGACUUCUCAUCUACCCUUUAUUACCCUAACCUUUUCUUUUACCCUCUUCCCUCCUAAUUUCAACCCACCAUGUCUGCUCCUCUUAUUGAUGCCAUCGUCAAGGCCGAUAACACCGAGAAGCGUCAGGCCGCCGCUGAUGCUUUGGCAGCCUUCGCCAAGUCCGAGGGUCUCGUCAAGUCUGUUGCUACCAUCGACAGUCUUGCCCCCCUCCUUGAGAACAAGAAGUCUGUUCCCCACCGUGAGGGCGCUCUCCUCGCUCUGGCCUCUUUGGCCAACACUUUCGGUCAAGCUGCCGAGCCUUUCUUGAUUCCUCAGAUGCCUAAGGUCUUUGAGCUCUACUCUGACAAGAUGGUCCCUGUCCGCCAGGCUGCUGAGGUUGCCUCCAAGGCCAUCAUGAGCCUCCCCACCAGAUAUGCUGUUCGUCUCUUGUUGCCUGUUAUCUUCCACGCCAUCAAAGAAUCGAAGUGGCAAUCUAAGAUCGGUGCCUUGGACAUCUUGUCCGGCUUGACUCUUUCUGCUCCUCAGCAAGUUUCUGCUGCUCUUUCUGAUAUUAUCCCAAUUAUCAGUGAGGCUAUGUGGGACUCCAAGCCCGAGGUUCGUGCCCAGGCGACCAAGACCACCACUGACUGCUUCAACGUCGUUGGUAACCCCGAUUUGAUCUCCUCCAUCCCUUACUUGGUUGGAUGCAUCAACCGUCCCGAGGAAGCUGCCGAGUGCAUUCAUCAGCUCGCAGCUACCACUUUCGUCACCACUGUCGAAGAACCCACUCUUGCCAUCAUGUGCCCUCUCUUGGUCCGUGGUCUUGCUGAGCGUACUCCUUCCAUUCAACGCCAGACUGCUGUCAUUAUCGAUAACAUGUGUAAGCUCGUCGAGAAUCCCGCUCACGCUCAACAGUUCUUGCCCAAGCUCUUGCCAGGUUUGGACCGUAUGAUUGAGAUUGGUGCUUCCCCCGAGCUCCGCAACGUCGCUGAGCGUGCUCGUGCUACUUUGGUCCGUGUCGGUGGUGGAGAGCCUGGUUCCAAGGACCAGGUCGUCACCAUUGCCUAUACUGUUACCUCUGCUCAGGUUCUUGAGACCCUCAAGGCCAAGGCUACCUUCAUCAAGGAUGACUCCUUCUCUUCCGUCGUCCUUGCUUACAUCUCAACUCUCUGCGCUGAAUUGAUUGCUUCCCGCAACUUUGAGAAAGAUGCUUGGAUUUCCUCCAUCGUCCCUUACCUCGCCGUCCUUGCUUCUGAGUCUGAAGCUACUGCUUUUGCUGAGGAUGUCAAUGCUUUCUAUGUUGACUACGAUGCCAAGAACGCUCUUUCCAACGCUGCUGCUGCUGAUGUUGAGGAGGGUGAGCUUCUCUGCGACUGCGAGUUCUCUCUCGCUUAUGGUGGUAUGAUCUUGUUGAACAAGACCCGCCUCAACCUCCGCCGCGGUCAGCGCUAUGGUCUUUGUGGCCCCAAUGGUGUCGGAAAGUCGACUCUCAUGCGUGCCAUUGCUGAGGGCCAGCUUGAGGGCUUCCCCUCGCCCGAUGAACUUCGCACUGUCUUUGUCGAGCACAACCUUCAGGCUGAGGAAGCUGAUCUUCCCGUCAUUACCUUCAUCUUCAAUGACGAGAACAUCAAGAACCUUGAUAAGAAAGCUGUUGUCGAUAUGCUUGAGUCUGUCGGCUUCGACAAGGAGAAGCAAGAGCAGGCUGUUGGAUCUCUCUCUGGUGGUUGGAAGAUGAAGUUGGAAUUGGCCCGUGCCAUGUUGAUGAACGCUGAUAUCUUGUUGUUGGACGAGCCUACCAACCACUUGGAUGUUACCAAUGUCGCCUGGUUGCAGAACUACCUUACCUCUCUUACCAAUGUCACUUCCAUGAUCGUUUCUCACGACUCUGGUUUCUUGGAUUCCGUCUGCACUGGUAUUAUUCAUUAUGAGAACCGUAAGCUCAAGAAGUACAAGGGUAACUUGUCCAAGUUCGUUGAGCAGUACCCUCAGGGCAAGUCCUACUAUGAGUUGUCUGCUUCUCCCAUUGCCUUCAAGCUCCCCGAGCCCGGUUUCUUGGAUGGUGUCAAGUCCAAGGAUAAGGCCCUUGUCAAGCUCCAAAACAUUGAUUUCGCUUACCCCGGCAGCACAAAGUUGACCAUCACCAACAUGUCUUGCCAAGUGUCGCUUAACUCUCGUGUUGCUGUCGUUGGACCCAACGGUGCAGGAAAGUCGACUCUCAUCAAGGUCUUGACUGGCGAGACUAUUCCCUCUGGUGGUACGGUUACCAAGCACCCUAACGUUCGUGUUGCUUAUGUUGCCCAGCACGCUUUCCAUCACGUCGAACAACACUUGGACAAGACCCCUAACGAGUAUAUCCGCUGGCGUUACCAGUAUGGAGAGGAUCGUGAGAUGAACAACAAAGCUACUCGUCAGAUCUCACCCGAGGAGGAGGCUCAGAUGAAGAAGUUCAUUCAGUGGGAGAUUAACGAGAAGAUGGAGAAGCUUCAGAUCGAGGAUCUUUAUGGUCGUCGUAAGGCUAAGCGCUCGUUCGAGUACGAGGUUCAGUUCGUCGGUCGCUCCUACGAGGAUAACGCAUGGAUUCCUCGUGAGAAGCUCGAGGAAUGGGGCUUUGAUAAGGUUCUUCAGGCCUUCGACGAUAAGGAGGCUGCCAAGGCUGGUGCCUGGACUCGCUCUUUGACUGCUGUUGAGGUCGAGAAGCACUUGGGUGAUCUUGGUCUCGAUGCUGAGUUUGCAACCCACAACCGCAUCCGCGGUUUGUCUGGUGGUCAGAAGGUCAAGGUUGUUCUUGCUGCCGCUAUGUGGUUGAACCCUCACUUGUUGGUUCUUGAUGAGCCUACCAACUACUUGGAUCGCGACUCUCUCGGAGCUCUCUCUGCAGCCAUCAAGGAAUUCGGCGGUGGAGUUGUCAUUAUCUCCCACAACCGCGAGUUCACUGACACUGUUUGUGUUGAGAAGUGGUCUGUUAACGCUGGUCAGCUUACUGUCACUGGCAACAACUACACUCAGAAGAACUUGGAGAAGAUUGUUAUGAAAGAGGAAGAGACAAAGGUUGAUGCUUUCGGUAACGUUGAGAAGGUCAAGUCUACCCGCAAGCUCUCUCGCAAGGAGCUCAAGGACAAGCAGAAGCGUCGUGCUGCUGCCAAGAAGCGUGGUGAGGAGGUCUCUGACUCUGAGGAGGACUUCUAAGCUCGCUCUCACUAUAUCACGUUCUCUAUAUCCCCUCUCCUCUCUUUUUUCAUCUUUUUAAAUAUUCAUGAUUUGUUUUUCCACUUUUCGUUUCUAUUUCAUAUUUGCAACGCAUAUCUUGCAUCUUCAAUUGCAUAUUAUAGAUUAGACCUGUUUGUAGAUAUUAUUUCUUUGCCAUAAUUAAAAAAAACUAAUUGUUUUUUGUAUUGAACAUUAAAAAUCGCAUCCUCAUUUUU